AUGGAUCAAAUUAAUUUAAUAAAGGUACUUGUUGUAGUUACAGCAUUUCAGUCUAUUCUGAUACCUGCAUUUUCUACAAAUUCUUCAAAGCUUCCCAUUACCUGCCAUUUUAAACUUGAACAGGACGUAAGAAUAAGUAAAGAUCUCCUGAAUAACCUUUCUGAAAGCUGCACUGAAAUCUCCAUAAUUUCUACAGACGCCGCAAGUCGGAUUAUUGAUGAUGAUGCAUUCCAAAAAUUUUCCCAUCUAACGUCCCUUACUAUUCAGGCUAAUUUGUCAACCGUGGAAAAUUACCUGUGGUUGCAAGUACUUGGGGGGUUGGAAUACCUGAAUCUUUCCCAUUGUAACAUUAAAUUUCUAAAUACAGGUGAUUUCACCUCAGGAUUUCCUAAUCUUCGAGUUGUCGAUCUCAGUCAUAAUUCCAUGCCAUUCAUCUUCUUACCUUUCCUAUUCAGUACUCCAAAGCUUGAGCACCUCAAUCUUUCUUCUAAUUCGUUUCGGAGCUUUCCUGAUAUUUCUUAUUCCCUUCUCUCCGUCAAUUUUUUAAAUAACCCUCUAGAAUGUACCUGCACAAAUGUCGAAUUACGAGAUCGGGGUAAUUUCUUAACUUCUGGCUAUAAUUGUAGUCUAUCUCCUUGCCCAUACUACCUGACUUUUAAUACUCCUAUUCCAACUCAAAAUAUCUCGCCCCUUGUUUCUGAGAAUUUCAACGUCUCUUGUCGUGUUAAUUCGUCAAGAAAUUUUAGACUUGGCAUCUUUUCUCCUAUUGGAUUUAUACCUGAACCCUCAUAUGAUGAUAACUAUAAUGGUUCGCUUCAGUCUACUUACCAAUACACCGUGUUACCUGUACAGCAACCAAUACAUAUAAUCGUUCAAAGAUCAGAGUCAUCACUGUUAGCAAUAAUUAAUUAUGCUCGAGGUCAUCAUACUGGCGUGUGGCGAUGUGCCGCUCUCUCCGAAGGUGGCCUUUUCCUUGAUAACAAGACCCAGUUUGUUAUCAUCAGUACGGGUAUUAGGAAACUUUUCCUUCGCACCACAAUUCUCGGUUUUAUUGUCAUGGCUAUUACGUUGGUUCUAGGACUCAUUAUUGGUGGAUGCCGGUAUUUAAUUGAGACUGACUGCUUUAGGCAGCCUCAAACACACAAUUAUGUCGUCCGACCCCUAAUUGGUGUCAUUCCAGUUCCAGCUAUGGACCCUAUUGAUACAUUUGUUGAAGACAUCCCUAUUGAUCAAAGAAUUUGCUCUUCAUGUAUGACAAAGCCAUACUUCUUUUGUGGCUACUGCAAUGAUCAUCACCUUUUCUCCAAUUUUGUGGCUAGACGAAGUGAAGGUGCUAUCCCAGUGAUUCCGCCUCCCUCUUAUAUUGAAGUCUCGCCUGACAAUGUCACUGUUAAUACUUCAAACAUUCAAAAUGUUGAUAAGGAGGAAGAAGAGGAGGUAAAUGAUGAUAGAAUUGAAGUGAUUUCUCCUAAAAAUGACCGACAAAACUCUCACGGAAAAGUCUCCAAUUAUGCCUUCCCCUCCGAGUUCUGCCACUGUCAUCAUCUUGAAGUUCGUUUCACAAAUGAGGGUGAGGUGCAAGCCUCUGCUACUCUACGUGAUGUAAAAUUGAUCUGUGAAGAUGAACAAUUGGCCCAAGAAUACACAGAAGUAUUGGAAAGACUCCAAGCUGCUGCUAAAUCAAAUGAUCCUGUUACCUUCAAAGUCCGUCUAGAUGAAUUUCGUGGACGGUUGGUCCAUGACGUUGGUAGAAGAGUAAGAAUUGCGCGGGAAGGGAUUGUGGCAUUCACAGAACGCUCAGCAAGAUCUGUGGCACGUCUACGGGGUCAAGGUGGUGUUGUAGUGGGGUUUAUGAAGGCUGGACUCUCUCAAGUCCGAGAUGGAAUGAGGAGUGUUGCAGAAAUGUGCACUGGUGGAUCGGAUGAGAGUACUGAAAGUGUUGCUGAUCCCGUGGAGACUAUAGGGCAGUCAAUAUCUGUAGUUAGUAUUUACAAAGACGGAACUACCAGGAAAACGAAAGAGAGAUUUGUCUCUAAUUUUAAGUUCUGA